AGCUUUGUUUUAUUUUUUCAAUAUAAAAACAUAAGGGGAGGCAUAGAUAGUUGCAUUUGCUGCAAUGAGGAAUUGUGAUGAAUGGAAACCUUUUGUAGUAAUGGUAGCAAUUGAUUUUUGUUUUGCAGCAGUGAAUAUUAUUCUCAAGAAAGUUCUUGAAGAAGGAAUGAACCAUUUGGUUUUUAUUACAUACCGUUUAUCAAUUGCUACCAUUCUCUUAGCUCCAAUCGGAUACUUUAGGGAAAGAAACAGUAGGCCAAGGCUCACAUUUCGAGUUCUAUGUUACAUCUUCUUCAGUGCUAUUGUGGGGGCAUCAGUGACACAAUAUUUCUUCCUGCUGGGGAUCCAAUAUACUUCUGCUACCUUUGCUUGUGCAUUCAUCAACAUGGUGCCUGUGAUCACGUUCAUUAUGGCAUUACCAUUCGGGUUAGAGAGUGUGAAGAUCAAGUGCAAGAGUGGGAGAGCGAAGAUUCUUGGGACAUUGGUGUGCAUAGGGGGUGCAUUGUUGUUGACACUCUAUAAAGGAAAGGCCUUGUUUAACUAUUCUUCUGCAACUUCUAUAGCAAAGACUGGAACAAGUAGUAGUAGUAGUAGUGGAAGAUGGACUAUUGGUGUUGUGGCUUUGAUUCUUGGAACACUGUUUUGGUCAUCUUGGUAUAUAGUACAAUCAAGCAUAAGCAAGAGGUUCCCAUGUCAAUACUCAAGUACAGCCAUGAUGACCUUCUUUGGAGCCAUUCAAGCAGCUUUCAUAAGCUUCUCCAUUCAACACCAUGAUUUCUCCAUUUGGGUUCUCAAGGGAAAGCUUCCAAUAAUUGCUGUUCUCUUCUCUGGGAUGAUUGGAUCAGGAUUGUGUUUUGUGGGGAUGUCAUGGUGUGUGAAGAAGAGGGGUCCAGUGUUCACUGCAGCAUUCAGCCCUCUUGUUCAGAUCAUGGCUGCCAUGAUUGAUAUCCCUAUCUUGCAUGAGCAACUACAUCUUGGAAGUGUCUUGGGAUCGAUGUUGGUGAUGAUGGGAUUAUACAUUCUUCUGUGGGGUAAGAGCAAGGAGAUUCAGAAUUGUGUCAUCAAGUUAGUCCAAGACUCUGAACAAAGUCAACAAACCAAGGAACAAGAUCCGGAAAUACAAGAAGCUACGGUUUCUUGUGAUUACCAGUGUCACUAACACAAUUAAGUUUGUUGAAUGGUGAAACUCAUGUGCAGUCGACUUCACGUGAAGUUGAUAAUUGAGAAUCGUUAGAUAUUUUUAUUUAAUAGCUCUCAACUAUCAACUUCACGUGAAGUCGACUGCACAUGAAUUUAUAUAUAUGUUGUCAAACCCCACAACUUUAAUUUCAUAUUCAUCAACUUUGUAAUUGUCACACCUAACCAAAACUUUAGGAUGGGUGGAGAACCAUUCGUAUUUAAUUAAUAUCUUGAAUUGAGUAGUG